AUUGAGCUCUUCGCUCCUUUGGAGUCAAACUGCAGUGUUGUGAUGCUGUUCAUCCAUGUUUGUUCCCGGGUUUUCCAAAAAUCAUCAGUUAGAUGGAGUGAAAUUAAAACUACGUUUCUCUCUGAGGCGCAGUGGAUCGAGCACUUUAUUUUAUUUUUUGUAGGUUCCUUUCAUUUUUCAUGUUAAUGAUUUGUAUUACAUCCAUCCCUUUUCUUGCUGUCGGAAACUUUCCUCUUGAAACAGAAACCUCUUCCUCCUCUUCCUCCUCCUCCUCUCAGGCCGCCUCUCAGACAGGAACAAUAUGGCGCCGGGAGGAGUGUUAGCUUCUAGACCAGUCGUUGUCUGAAAGACUGGCGAUCCGGCAGGAUGAACCUCUGCGCCCAGUAUCUGCGACAGGCAGAGGCCCUGAAGGCUGACAUGACAGAUUCGAAGCUGGGGGCGGCAGAGGUGUGGACUUCUCGGCAGGCCCUGCAAGACCUGUACCAGAAGAUGCUGGUGACCGACCUGGAGUACGCCCUGGACAAGAAGGUGGAGCAAGACCUGUGGAAUCAUGCUUUCAAGAACCAGAUCACCACACUGCAGAGCCAGGCCAAGAACCGAGCCAACCCCAACCGCAGUGAGGUCCAGGCCAACCUGUCGCUCUUUCUGGAGGCCGCCAGUGGUUUCUACACACAGUUACUGCAGGAGCUGUGCACCGUGUUCAACGUGGACCUGCCGUGUCGCGUCAGGUCGUCUCAGCUCGGCAUCAUCAGCAAUAAACAGAGCAGCACCAGCGCCAUCGUCACCCCGCAGCCCAGCUCCUGUUCCUACAUCUGCCAGCACUGCCUCGUGCACCUCGGAGACAUAGCACGUUACCGCAACCAGACCAGCCAAGCAGAGUCCUACUACCGACAUGCAGCUCAGCUGGUCCCAUCCAAUGGUCAGCCAUACAACCAGCUGGCCAUCCUGGCCUCCUCCAAAGGGGACCACCUCACCACCAUCUUUUACUACUGCCGCAGCAUCGCAGUCAAGUUCCCCUUCCCAGCAGCCUCCACCAACCUGCAGAAGGCCCUGUCCAAGGCUCUGGAGAGCCGUGAUGAGGUGAAAACCAAGUGGAGCGUGUCAGAUUUCAUCAGGGCCUUCAUCAAGUUUCAUGGCCACGUCUACCUGAGUAAGAGUCUGGACAGACUGGACGGGCUGCGGGAGAAACUGGAGGAGCAGUUUCAGAGGCUGAUCUUGCAGAAAGCCUUCAGCUCUCAGCAGCUGGUCCACAUCACUGUCAUCAACCUGUUCGAGCUGCACCACCUCAGAGACCUGACAGCUGACAGCAGUGAGCAGAGCUACAGCAGCGAGCAGCAGAUCAGCUGGUUCCAGCUGCUCGGGCUCUUCGUGUCCUUCCUGGGUGUCAUGUGCAGCCGUGCUCUGCUCAACAAGAGCCGAGGGGAGGAGAUCAUGGGCGAGUGUCCUCUGCCGGCCAUUAAAGUUUCUCUGGAUUGGCUCAGACUGAGACCCAGCGUCUUCCACGAGGCCGCUGUUGACCAGAGGCAGCAUAUCUGGCCCUGGCUGGUCUCCAUCCUCAACAGUUUCCAGCCCAAAGAAGACGACGUGUCCUGUUCCUCAGUGACGCCCCUGCCAGAGGAGUUUGAGCUGCAGGGCUUCUUGGCGCUCCGGCCUGCUCUGAGGACCCUGGACUUCGCUAAAGGCCAUCAGGGCAUCCUGGUGGACAGGGACGGCCUGCCGGUCCACACGCGACAUCAGAGACUCAUCAGUUUGGGCAAAUGGGUGGCUGACAACCAGCCGGGGCUGAUCCAGUGCAGGGUGAGUGAGGACGGCCUCCUCGUCUUCCUCACUGAUAUUCCAGAGCAGGCCAUCGAGGAGCCGCAGGAGAAGGAGGCGCCAGUGCUGCAGGAGUCGUCCAAUGGCGAUCAGGUGCCCAAUGAUAGUGGAAACUCUGGCCUGAAGUCGGUGUUGUCGGUGGGGAAGACGCAGAGCUCGUGGCCCGAUGGCAGCGACCGACCCGUCGUCACCUUCAAGGAGAACAUCAAGCCCCGAGAACAGAGCCGUGACGCGACGCGAAACCAUCACCUGAAAGACAGCGGCAAGGAGCGCCGAGACUUCGCCAAAGGCAACGGGGCCGCCGGGAAAGGAGAGCUGAAGAGGGACGGCAAGAGGAAGAGCGAUCUGAAAAAAGCCGCUCAUGACAAAAGUGCUGAUGCUGGAAAACAGGUGAAGGCGCAGACGGAGCUGAGGAAGACUCCGGUGUCCGAGGCCAAGAAGACUCCUGUCACUCAAAGUCAAACCACCUGCUCCUCCCAGUUUAUCCCCAUCCAUCAUCCUGGAGCCUUCCCACCGCUGCCCAGUAGACCUGGCUUCCCUCCCUCUGCCUACGUCAUCCCUCCACCAGUGGCCUUCCCAGGGCUUCAGGUGAAUCCGGGCUUCACCUUCUCCACUGGAGUGUCUGUUCCUGGACCUUUCCUCCAGCCUGGCGUCCACAGCCAGGCCGGCACCCAGGCCGGGAAGCAGUCCCACAUUCCUUACAGUCAGCAGAGGCCCUCUGGUCCUGGUCCUGCUCCUGGUCAGGGGCUGGGAUCCUCGGGCCAAGGCCCAGGACCCCUGAACCAGGGUCCCUCGCAGGGUCAGCAGCCCCAGAGCCAGCCACCUUCCCAGCAGGCUUUGCAACAGUCAGUCCAGCUGCAGGUGCAGGCAAUGGGUCAGCAGCAGUCUCCCACCAAACCGGUCCAGCAGGUCGGGAUGGGGAAGAGCCCGCCUCAUCACCCGGGGAUGCAGCAGUACUUGCAGGUCCAGGAUCAGCCUGCUCAGCUGUGGAACCAGGCUCAGGCUGCUCUGCAGAAGAUUUCUCCCAUGCAGGUGUCCAAGCAGCAGCCUCAGCAGCCUCAGCAGCAGCAGGCCUUUUACAUGGCGGCUCAGGAUCCUCUCAAACUGUAUGAGCACCAGCUGCAGCCGCCCGGCCAGCCACAGCUCUCCAGCAUCGACAAGAAGCUCAAGUACCCCAACGUCAAGCUGCAGGACUUCUACUGGGAGCCGUCGUACAGGAUAGGGGACGGCCUGGCUGUGAUGGCAGACAGGAUGAAGAGGCCUCCACCAGGGGGUAUCUGUCCUGAUCAGGACCCCUCCACCGGGCCCCGGGGGCCCCCGUUUGAGGACAACAAGAGCUCGCCUCUUCUACCUCCUGACCUGUUAAAAACUCUAGCAGAUUUUGAGGAGGAGGAGGAGCUCGUCUUUACUAAGCCUCCUGAUUUCUUCCAGGCCUUGGCUGGCCCUCUUAGCACUGCUCCUGGACCAAACAUAUUUCUGCCGAACCAGACCCGGAUGGAGAGUGGCCCUGAGGUCGUCAGCCAAUCAUCUUCCCUCCUGCCCAUGUCUGGCUUCCCCAUGCAGGAGUACAACCAGAACAGCAUCUUCAGUCGGGCCUACGGCAAGAACCUGCCGCCCGGCUCCAAGCCAGAUGCUCCCAUGAUGCACCAGGAGCCGUCCCUCUACUCCCUGUUUGAAGGGACUCCCUGGUCCCCCUCCCUCCCUGCCAGCUCAGAUCACUCCACCCCGGCCAGCCAAUCCCCUCACUCUUCCAACCCCAGCAGCCUUCCGUCUUCUCCCCCCACACACAAUCACGGAGCUUUGCCCUUCUCUAACUUCGGGCCCAUAGGUACUCCCGACAGCCGGGACCGCAGGGUGGUGGACCGCUGGAAGGCCGACAAGACCGGCGCAGUCAGUGGUCUUGGUCUGGACUACCUGCCAGCUGCAGUGUCCUCUGCUGCCUCAGAUACCAGCUGGCACCAGAGCGGACCAACUGGUAGCUCCUGGACCAAUCAGGAGUCUCCUAUGGAGGAGUCAUCCUCCACUGUGCUGCUCGACAGCCUGAAGUCGAUCUGGUCGAGCUCCAUGAUGCAGCCGGGCCCGUCGGCGCUGGAGCAGCUCCUCCUGCAGCAGAAACAGAAGCAGCAGCGAGGUCACGGCGCCAUGAACCCGCCCCACUGAACGGCAGGCCGAGGCGGCGCUUUGUGUCUGGACAUCACCAAAACCACCACCAGGAGAAACAGGAGGAAAAAACAGAAGUUUGACGAAGACGAGCUCCAACUAAAAUGGAAAAUUAAACCGGUGAGAAACGGUGGAGGCUGGGGAGGCGACCCCACCCCCCUCGGCUGUCGAGGAGCGGUGACGCCCCUCCUGGACCGGAGGGCGGCGGAUCUCUUCAACGUGGUGCCACUUGCCACGCCACCGCCGGGUUUCCUUCAGCCCGCGGAAAUCUGAACAUUGAGGAACACAACCCCCCCUCAGCCCCCCUGGUUUUGGACCGACUCCACACCUCCACAACUCCUCUCUCAUCCGGAAGAACUUCUGUCUUUGGAACAAAAAAUCAAAAUAAAGAGACCUCGUGGACGUCUGCUCGGUUCGGUCAGCGCCCGUCUCUAGCGCCGCAGGCUGAAGCGGGGUUAUUGUGAGAGAGCGAGGACGGUGUGGUGUUCGGGUUCAGGGGAAAGGUUGAGGGUGAAGAACCGGGGGUCAAAACAGACUUGACUUUCUGAUCUCUUAUUCAUUUUCAUUACUGAGGAGGAGGAAGAGGAGGAGGAAGGCUUUUUGAAGUUUGGAUGAAGGAAGAAAAGGAGUUGGGUCGGUACAGCUAUAUAAAUAUAUGAAUAAAUAUAUAUUGCCAUAGUUGGACUUUAAAAGGGCUGCUGCCAGGUGUAACCUCACCUGGACUGAGCGCUCGCUGCCCGACUGAUUGAAGGAAGAGCCCGGCGGCGUGACGACGGACGGCUUUUUGGUGUCAGUGAACGCCACGGGAAAGAACAGUCAGUGUGGAGGGAGCUGCGACCAUAACCACGCCGUCACCCUUAGGCAUAGCAUCACCGUUAGCUUCAAGAGAUUGCAGAUAUUAACUAACAAACUGUAUUUUGUGAUUUGUUGGUAGCAGUUUUAGCUUCGCCCCCUCCGGGGUGAAUACAGCUACGUCUCUUAGCUUCCUGCUUGGACGUUUUUGGGGUUCCCUUCCUCUCGGGCCUCUUCUUCCUGUAAUUUCUUUACUUACUGAAGAAAAAAGAAAAGUUGUAACCCUGCUCGCUUACUUAACCUGCAUUUACUGUUUGUUUCUGUUCAUGUUCUGCCUUUUACUAGUUUCAAGCCGCUCCGUCGGCUCUUCUGCCUGCUCCCCGUCCUGUUUCAGCGGCCUGCUGUGACGCUUAGCGCCACAGGCAGGUGUGUGCAGGUAGUCGGCUCGGCCUUUUCCUCGCCGACCACCACUACAGCCUGUACAGCAGAGUUUUAAUGAAUCCCCAGCAGCUCAGCUUUUAUUUAACCUGUGAUCGAAGCCCCUUUUUCCAUCGAAAAGUCCCCGAAAAGCCCCAGGAGCCAAACGCAGGAACUAAAAGCAGCUUUCUGUCCAGCUAACAGCUGCGUUUCUCCCACAUCUGAUCAGCGACGUAAAAAUAAGCGACACGCAGUUCUUGUGUUGUUAAAUUCUACUUUCCUUUCUAAAAUGUCAGCCCCGAGCUGACGUCCUCAGGAUGUUUGUUUUGGACCAGGACUCCACAACCCAAAGACGAGAAAUGAAAACGCUUGAGAAGCUGCGAGUUUGUGCUACUUUUGCUUGCAGAGUAACAAAAAAAUAACUUGAUUGACAAAACUGUUUCCUUUUUUCAUCAUCUGUCAGUUGACUUGCAGCUUUCAUCGUUUCUGUCCAAAAAAUGUUAGAAAAUAAUUUACAGUCUUCAGACUGCUUGUUUGGUCCGAUGGACGGUCAGCAUGACCGAGCCAACACGUGAAACGGCGAGUCGCUGAGUUCGCUAUCAGCAGCCCUGCGUUUUGUUAGGAAGGCGUCUCGUUAUUGUGCUUUGCUGUGUAAAGAUCAGCGACACUCUUCACCUGAAGGUCCUGAGGUCUUCCUCAGGCUUCCUGUGGUGGGAGUCGGCUGGACCAGUCAGCUCGCUCACAGACUGCAGCACCGUAACUUCCUGUCCAGUCCAAACCAGCAGGUCGCUGCGUUUGUACCGCCGUCGUUUUGUUCCACGGGAUUGAGAAGAAAAUGAAAGUUUGUUUUUAUUUUCCCGUCGAAGGCGUUUUAUUAAAGCAGACUUCAGAGAGACGCGUCUAUUUUCUGUGAUUGUGCUUUUCAUGUUGCAUUUACAAAAUGUAUUUGAAAAAUAAUAAAGUUAAAAUAUUAAUGAAUGUGAGGACAAAUUUGGCCAGAAGGAGGGAAAAAAAAACCUCAAGAUUGUUUUCAUGUUUGAAGCCGACCAUGUGGAUCUGGUUUUGGUUGCCUUUUGUUGGACUGGGAUCUGUCGGCGACAGUCCACUCUGAUGUUCGGGAGGUUUCAGGGCGGAGAGUCCUCGUCGGUCGGGGGUCUUUGACUGCGGAGGCUUUUUGUGUUUCUGUCUCUGUGUAGACGUUCAGAACUGGUGGAAUCAGCCUUUAAAUAAACGUAAACUGUGUUCUCCCCUGA